GCAUCAAUUCAUCACGCAGUACUGAUUCGUCUCACAAAAAUGGGUAAAUUUUCGCAUUUGUAUAUAGAUUCUGAAACUGAUGACACGUCUAGCUCUAUUGAGAAUACAAAGAAGAAGAAGAAACUUUCAAUACUCAAGUGUAAAAGUGGUAACAUAAAAAAGAAGAAGUGCAGGUUACAUUCUAAAUCGGAACCUGAUGACUCUGACGGCCGCAGUCGCAGUAGAAGCAGUAAUAGAGUUAGGUACAAACUUCCUGGUAUAUUGAAGAGUGGCAGGGAGAAGGAUAGAGAAUCAUCCGAAGAUGACAACUGUGAUUAUAUCAAUCCAUACUACUCUCGGGACAGGUGUCUAGUGGGACGAGUACCACUGCCCGCGGGGGCGAAGCCCGGCCGUGGAGGAGGCGUGGCUAUUGUUGUCAAGAGGAACAUUAGUAACUUGCAAGCUCAGCAAAGCACAAGUAGCACCAAGCGACACCAUACCAAGCGGCUGAGACGAAAACGAUCCUACUAAUGAAAAAAAAUGCAAUGCAAUUCCUUCGAAUAAAGACUCGUCUAUACAGUAGCUCGGUGUAACGAAGCGGAUUGGAAUAUAUUGAAGGCAAGGAAAAUGGAUGCAUCUCAAAAUUGAAAGUCAGAAUUGUAUUGUAUAAUAUAUAAAGUUU